AAAUGCAAGUGCGAGCGCGCGCGCGCCCGUGUGAAAUUCAGGAGAGUUCUGAGGUUCCGCAGCUCCGCGUAAACAAACUCUCUAUCCGCCAUUCAUCUGUAAUUUCCUGAGGAGAAACCCGGCCCGGGUUGAUUUAGUUUUGUGUGCGGAGUGUAAACUCUCUAUCCGCCAUUCAUCUGUAAUUUCCUGAGGAGAAACCCGGCCCGGGUUGAUUUAGUUUUGUGUGCGGAGUGUAAACUCUCCUCAGAAACAGCUAUCCGGCAUUUUAUCUUUAAUUUCCUGAGGAGAAACCCGUCCCGGUUUGACGGAGCUUUGUGUGCCGACUGAGCGGAGGAUUCGCAGAGCCGAUGGCCGCCUUUUAAUCUCCUUCAUCACCGCUGCUCGAGUCACUUCUGACUGGAAAGCGAUGGGAAAAUGGCAGCUAACUCUGAAGGCGCGCGAGGGAUGGGAUUCAAGUCCAUAAGAGUCGAAUCUCGAAAUAACCCAGUGCAGGAAUGGGGGGAGGAGGUGGAGGAUGGUGUGGUGUACAGUGUGACCCUCCACAGGGAGCCGGUGUGUCCCUCACCCUCAGAUUUGGUGGGCGUGGCCGGUGUUCAGUACCGUACGCUGAAGGUGCGCAGGGUGAAGGCAGCCAUGUUGGAGCACCUCAUCUCCGAGCUGGUGAAGCCUGAGUGUGAGGAACCCGACUAUGCCAGAAUCUUCCUCUCCACCUACAGAGCCUUCACCUGCACCAACACACUCAUUGAGAUGCUGUUUCAAAGGGAAGACAAAAUCAUCAACUUAGACAAUAGUGUAUGUGUGAGGAGUUCUCUCCCAGCGUUGGUGAAGUUGUGGUUGGAGGAGUUCUCUGAGGACCUGAAAGACUCUCCUCUCCAUUCCUCACUCCGUCUGCUCUCGCUCCAUCUGCGCCAUCGCCUGUGUUUCAGACGCCUUGCUCAGCACGCCGGCACACUCUUACACGCCUUUCAGGAGGAAGACAGGUUUACUGCGAACAGGUCAAACAUCACUGACGUUUCUGGAGAAGAAACGGGUAGUGUCCUGAGCUGCUCCGCCCGGGACAUCGCUGAGGAGCUCACCAGAUUGGAUGCUGCCCUGUUUGUGCGUGUGGUUCCGUUCCACUGUCUCGGCUGUGUUUGGUCUCAGAGGGAUAAGAAGGAGAACCGGAGCUUAGCACCCAGCGUGAGAGCCACCAUCACCCAGUUUAACUCUGUCACUAGCCUGGUCAUCACCUCGCUGCUCUGUCCGCCCGCAACUCCCAAUUCUGCCUCCAGCUCUCUACAGUCACCCAGAUCACCCAGACUACACCCUGGCUGGCACCACACAAGCCCUGCCCACCGUGCUCGCAUCAUUGAGAAGUGGGUUUCUGUGGCUCAGGAGUGUCAUCAGCUGAGGAACUUCUCAUCUUUGCGUGCGAUUCUCUCGGCUCUACAGUCCAACGCUGUGUAUCGCCUCAAAAAGACUUGGGCUGCAGUCAGCAAAGCGAGUCUGGGCAACUUUGAUCAGCUUUGUGAGAGCUUCCCUGAUGAAAACUGUGUUCUGGCCAGCAGAGAGAUCCUGGAGGACAGUAAUGAGCACACUGAGGAGAACCCCUCUACAACACUCAGAUCUGUUAAACUCAUUCCCACCUCCAAACACACGAACUACAGUGGGGGGGAGGUACCGUACCUGGGGACGUACCUGACCGUCCUGACUAUGUUGGACACAGCUCUACCUGACACACUGGAGGGUGGACUAAUUAACUUUGAAAAACGAAGACGAGAGUUUGAGGUUCUGUCUCAGAUCCGCCAGUUGCAGGUGUCGUGCUCUCUCUACUCUCUCCCAGCUCACCCCUGUGUCUCCUCCUGCCUCAACAGGUGUUCACCCCUGUCUGACCAACAGAGUUAUGAUCUGUCCAGACAGUUGGAGCCUCCGGUGGAUUCGUGUCCUGGUUCACCGAGCUGGAGCCAUCGACUUGUCAACAAGAAACUUGGCUUGUUGUUGAGCAGCAGUGACUACUCGAGGAAGAAAACACACCUGGAUCAGAUGAGUGUUUCCUCAUCAGGCUCCAGUGGCUCUGAGAUGGACGAUUUCUCCUUUCCACUCCGCCCCAAAUCCCAGUCUGGAUCAUGCCUGAACAUCUCAGCGGACUCUGCUGGGUCGUGUCCUGAUUCACACUGCACCUCUCCUGCGUCGUCCUCCUCUCAGUGUGACCUCUCCAGUCUGAGCUCUGAUGCUGCGUCUCCAUCCUUCCCCUCCCCCACCCAGGCUGUGUAUAAUAAACAGAGUGACAGCUGCAUCAUCAGAGUCAGUAUGGAGCUCCACAGUGGAAACAUCUACAAGAGCAUCCUGAUAAGCAGUCAGGAGAAGACGAGUCAGGUGAUACAGAGAGCUCUGGAGAAACACAACGUGGAGAAUAUGAGCUGCAACGACUUCACACUCACACAGAUCCUGCACUGUGAUAAAGAACUGCUGAUUCCAGAUAAAGCGAAUGUGUUCUACGCGAUGUGUCCCUCAGACAGUUACGACUUUGUCCUGCGUCAUCGCUGGAGGAGUCACAGCUUGAACUCUAGUCCCGCUGUCCUCCGCAGAGCUCACAAAUAACCAUGUGACCUGGAGGACUGGGUGUGUGAGUGAGCGCGAGAGAGACUUGUUAAGCUUCAUGUGUUAAGAUUAUAAAUUCACCAAGUUUUAUUGGUCAUGAUGUUGAGUGACAGGUGUGUGUGUGCUGCUGCUGAUUUUAUUCUACUUCUCGUGUGUGUGUGUGUGUGUGUGUGUGUGUGUGUGUUUCAAAGCUAAAGACUUUAUGAAUACAGUAUGUCUUGUGCUGUAUACCUGAUGAUCAGCAGGUGUGUUAACGUGUACAGUACAGGUAUUUAUUUGAUGCAGGUGUGAAUUUUGUGUUAUAAUAAUUAUAUUAAUUAUUUGGAUCUUAAUUUUAGUGUGUUAACUACGUGGAUUUUAUUUAUUUUGAUGUCCGUUACAGCGCCCUGAUCUGCUUUUAUUAUCGCUGUUCAGUUUGUCAGGUUUUACGGGAAUCUGAACUUUUUUCCUUUAAUGUAAAAAUCAUCUGAAGCUGCAGUAACUCGUGUGGAAAAAUUAAUUUAAAAUAAAUUUUUUCUUUUUUUGUGGGGCAGGCAGCAGUGUUGUGUAAAUUUAGAAAGUUUCUCAUUAAUUGUUUAAAGAACACAAAACGCAGCACUGCUGUUCCACACAGAACCGAUUGAUUAAACACUAAUAUUUCAUUAUUCACUGAAAAAUCAGAGAUAAAAUAAAUACCAAACUGCAGUCAUCGGUGUUAAAUUAUUUCCUCAAUAUUUGUUUUUUUCUGAGUGUGUGUGUAGAUCUGAUUCAGUGCAUGUCUAAAACGGUGUAUAGUACAGAUAUUUUAUGUAUAUAUGAUUUAUGUACAGGAAUAAUUAUAAUACAGAGCUAAUCUAAAGGGGGGGGGGGUUACUGUUCUCAAACUGUUUGUCUUGGUACAGUUUUAAUUGAAAUAAUUCUCAUCAAUAAAUGUUUUCCAGUUAAUUACAAA